GACGCUUCCAAGUCUGAUCCGGAGUCCGCACCGAGCCGCCACCAACGACAGACGGCAGUACGAAUCCGCCACCAUUCGGGAUUGGACAGAUUAUAAAAAAACGGUGUGUGAGAAAACCGAUCCUCUUUGUGCCCCUUUCUUCUCGUGAACUUUAGCAAAAAGGUUCCAACAUGGGUGGAAACUUUGGAGACAGUGCAGCAAAAGAGCCAGGUUCCAUUUUGAUUGAAGACUCAGGUGUAAACAAUGUAAGAGCUCACAGGGGUACCACAGGUACUCUAGAUGAUGCUGGUGAAGCUCCAGGUGGAAGCAGCUCUGGAAAUUUCUUGCAGACAGAACAGGUCAACCAUCUGAAGGAUGCCAUAAUAAAAGAAGACACAAUGGCACCAAAAUCAGAAACUGUGCCAGGUAUAGCACCAAGCACAAGUGAAACUCCAGAUGAUGUCAAGCCUGUAACACAGAAUAAAGUAAAUCUGAAGCAUCCCAUAGGUGAAGCUGCAGGUGAAAGGCUUUGUUACUUGUCUGAAGCCAGAACCCUAGAGUGUCCGCAAGUUGAGGUGCUACUAUCUUGUACAGGCAGUCACCAGUUAUCAGCGGACUUGGUUAAUGGCGAUCUGGUUUUAUGGCGUUUGUCCACUGCCAUAAUGAGCCGAUAUCCAGUUAUCAGCGCUGAUACUUAGCUAACAGAGGCGCCAUUGCCAUAAAUAACCGAGUCUCAGUUAAUGGUGAUUUUCACUUAUCAAGCCUGUCGGAAUGAUCCAGGUUUGGAUACCUUUUCAUCUACAGCACUUGACAAUUCAUGUACAAUUUGUUACUCAAAGUAGUCCCAACACAUAAGGUAGGGAGCACACAUGAAAACCUGUUUCCAAUAUGGUUCCUUAUAUCUCAGAAACUCAGGUCUUAGUGCUGUGCUGUUUCCAAUAAGGAAAAAGCACAGCAAUAUGACAUGAGUUUCUGAGAUGUAAGGAACCAUACAAAAAAAUACAUAUAUUAAGAGUAUUUCUUGCCUUGCAUAAGUAGGCUCACUUUAGAAU